AUGUAUUUUUUUGGCAAGAAGGAGGAUGCAAUGGCAUACUUGAGAACGAAAUUUGUUAAUGCACAUGAUGUGAACAAGAUUAUGGUCGAGUAUCAGAUUUCGCUGAAACGGGGAGCGUACAGCUCGUACGAGGCGAAGAGGAUUGAUGAUGCGAUAAAGGCGUUUCUUGCAGAGAACGGAUUGGAGAUGAAGAAUCUACAUGGUUUUUUUCUUGAGGAGGAGGCUGAGUUUCCAAUAAGGAAGCUUUUGCUUGCGGUUUCUGAGGUGCUUGCCAACAGGGCAAUGAAUUCGAUAUGGAUAUAUGUGUCGUAUCACUAUCAUCCGUAUGUGGAUGCAAAGUGGGAGCCUGAGAAUGAGAUCCAGCUGCUGAAUCUUGUACGAGCUCUUGGGUUCCGGUGGAAGGAGAUAUGUGGGAUUAUGAACAAGAGCUCGAGGAAGUGUAUAAAGAACUACUACCGAAUCAUGGGAUAUGAGUAUUUGAGCAGUGCAUCGUUCAAGAUUGAUGAGGAAAGCAUUCCUACGACAGAAAGCGGAUGGAAUGAGAUGUGUAGAAAGCUGAAGACGAACAGGAAGAGGCUGUCGCAUCUGAUAAAUGGAUAUAUAUCGCGCAGGCUUAUUGUGCCGCUGUGGAAUGAGUAUAACAACAUGAUGCUGAUCGGAUAUGUGCUUGUGUACAAUCAUUUUUGCUCGAUGGAGAUACGGCUUCUGGAGCUUUUUGAGCUGAUCAACAACAGAUGCUUUGAGGGUGUGGAUGGUGUUGAUGUGUGCAGGGAAGAUAUUGCGAAGCAAGUGGAUGAGUAUUUGCCGGAUGCAAGCAAGUAUAUGCUUGAUGUUGCAAUUGAUGUUGAGGAUGUGUUUUGGCGAAGCAUCAAGGUGUUUGUGAGGUUUCCAUCGGUACACUUAAGAUGCAGGUUUAUUCAGAUAAUGAAGAUACAUGGAAUAAGGGUAUUUGGGGAUCUGUUUAGUGUAUUUAAGGUGCUUGCUAUUGAUUGCUGUUUGUACAAGAUCAAGGAUAUGCUUAGAGAGGAGGUCAGCAGGAUUAUGAAUGCGAAGGAUAGAAGAUGCAUGGCUGUAAAGAAUGACAAUAUGAUGCAUUAUUGA